AUGACUUUAAAAUCGACUGUCACUUUACUUUUCGCUUUCUCGGCUGUCUUAUUCAACGCCGCAAGCGUGCAAGCAGUAGCAAGAAUUAAUAAUCCAGUUGCGGGAACCGUGUGGAAAUGUGGCUCAAAAGUCCCCAUUACUUGGAUUGAUGAUGGCACACCUGGUCCACAGACGGUUAAUUUGGUGUUGAAAGUCGGUGACGCAAAUUCCUUAACACCCGUCAAGGAUAUUGCUCAAGGCGUCCCGGUUUCUCAAGGUUCAGUUCAGUAUACGGUACCAUGUGAUCUUGUAACUUCUGAUGCAUACACUGUUGGAAUUGGUUCAAACGAUAAUGACUAUAAUUAUUCGCAUUAUUUCUCAAUCAAUGGUGCCCAAGGAACAAUUCCCACACCAACAAAUGGAACAAGUGGAACUUCAAAUUCCACUGUAACACCCACAACUUCAAGCACACCUACAAUCUCAACCGUCACUACAACCACUGGUACUGCUUCUUCUACCGCGAGUAGCCCCAACAAGCAACAAGCAUCAAAUGCAUCGACUCCAAAUGUGAAUUCUGGAAAUAAUCUUGUGUUUUCUGGUUUUGGUACUCUUGUGACUGGUUUAUUAUCGGUUGCCGCUUUAUUCUGCACCUUUUUCUAG